GCUCCCCCCUCGUUAUUAUCUCCGGUUAUCCAAUGCAGGUCCCAUCGUAUCGUCUCACAGCCCUUUCUCGCCAGAAGAUAUCUCCAGAUAUCCCCAUUCCCAUCGCAGCUGCUCUAUGGGGCUACCUGACUUGACGUUGAAGUGAACCAACCGCCUUGCUCCUUCGCCCGCGGCGUGGCUUUGGCCAACGUCGCAUCCCUACCGCCAUCCGACAUGAUGCGAUCAAGAGACCCUCGGGUCCGCCAGACAAUCAACCAAAUUCAUCAUAACCUCGAAUCCGCGAACGAGACGGCUCAAGAGGGUCUAUAUGCCUUCUCCCACAACUACCUGGUACCAUGCUUUGCAGCGAUUGGGAGCUGCGUUUACUCAUGCACUGCGCCUUGUCUCCCCACCCGUGAAGACCAUCUUCGACGCCGCCGACGGGGCCGUGCAGAGGCUAAUUUCGACUUCUACGAUGACUGGGAUAAUGAGGAGUCAAAUGAUGGCCUGCUAGGAUGGGGUACUGACGAACUUGACCGUCUGCUGGCUGGAAGUGGCUUGACUCGCGGGAGUUCAGAACAGCCUCGAAGGCAGCGGAAAAUGAGCUAUGGGGCUCGGCGCAUAAGGCGAAAGAGCAGUGUUAUAGUAUCUGACGACCGUAAUGAUCCCACUGUCAUCCCAAGCUCCUCAUUCUUGGGGUUUUUGGAGCGCUUUCCAUGGAGAUUUGGCGCACGGGGGCUGAAAUACCGCCCGUCGGCGGCCGAUCUUCAGGAACAUCCCGCAGGAUUGCGACGGUUUGAACACGAGGAUGAGCCUCUCAUAGAAGAACCUGAAGAAAACGAAGGUCCAGCGGCCUCUGUUAGGAAUGGGAGAUAUCGAAGUUCGACACAGUCCUCGCGGGACACAACUAACUCCUUAAGCUCGCGGGGAGAUUUGAUCCCCAGCGACGAGGAAGAAGAUGCAGUGCCGCUAGAUGACGAGUUUGCUCUAGCUCUAGCCAGCCGUCGUGGGACUGGACUGGAUUCAAUUGAUCUAAUAGGGGAUAAACCUGCAAGUAUGAGGUCUGUGUCUGGAACAUUUAGUCUAAGGACAACUGCCUCUUCAAAGGAAACCAAGAUGAAAAAUAAAAAGAGGAGCAGCCGGCUGCGAUCUCCUCAUGGGUCUUAUGUAGAGGUCACUCACGAAGUCGGCACCCCUACACUAGCCGAUCUAAAAAAGGAAGAGGAGCGAGCUGCGCUCGAAGAAGAAUCGGAGAUUGCGAGAAGACGGCUUGCUGCACAGCAAUUGGCCUCUAAUCGUGGCCUAGAUCAAGCGAAAGAUGAGGCUUUACCGUCGCAGCCUCAUACCGUUUCGUCGGACGUUGCUCAUCACGAGACCGUUGAUACUCCUUUAGACCCAACUGUAGAAGACUCGCCAACUAAAAUUCAGGGUGUGCAAUCUCAACCCUCAUUGAACUCGCGUUCCCCCGGAGACGAAUCGCAAACAGAGCCUUUCCCGCCUUUUCCUUCCACCCCCGACUGUCACGAAGAUAGUCCUGCGUCGCAGCCUGGUUAUUUUCAUGACCAACCCAACGGUAUGAAUUUACUUGGACAGGACAACACAGCAGACGCCCAUAGGGAUCCGUCUUCUGAUUUAAUGAAUGGCGAAAGGUAGCUUUGCGAAGGGAGGACGCGGGUAGCCGCUGAUUUAGGUUUGCAGGUCAAAUCUAACAAUUUAGUUUGCAUUUCCCUGGCGAUUUUUCUGACAUAUAGUGAGACGCUGCCAUCUCCUGCUUUUCAUGGCACCUUCGGACUGUAUAUUAGUAUGAUAUGACUCACGAAACCUGAAUAUACAACCUAUCUCGAGGGUAGGACAGUUAAUUUGUGCAUUUUCCUGUGUGAUAUACUUUCAUGCUGAUAUUUUUAACUUCUAUUCUGGGACAAGCAGAAUG